CCAGCCAGUCUUACGAACCACACCGCGGAGCGCGCGCGCUCAUUAUUUCAAAAACCGAACGCGAAUAACGAACUAUUUUAUUUCGAACUAGUGAUGCGAUCAUAGUAAAUAUUAUCGACUAAAGUGUUAACAAUUUUUUUUUUCUGUUUUUAAUCAUGACAUUUUUUUACUGUUAAUUUAGGUAUAAAUAUAUCGAAUUAGACAUUAUUUUUUGGCGUGUGGGGGAUGUUAUUGUAAUUUGGAUAUUAUAAAGUGAAAAGUGAUAAUGGGUUGUAGACAGUUUUUGUCAGUGUGUGUGGCGGUGGCGUGCUUGUAUGUGGCUGUCAUAGCACAAGGAAAGGACCGGACGAAGAGCAUACCUAGGACAAGGUUCACAUGUGUCGGCCGGACUUCAGGGUACUACGCUGACGUAGAGGCCGGAUGCCAGGUGUACCACAUGUGCGACGGCCUGGGCCGGCAGUUCAGCUACACAUGCCCAAACACCACUCUCUUCCAGCAAAGAAUGCUGAUCUGCGACCACUGGUACAUGGUCAACUGUUCUGCCAGCGAAGCUGAUUAUGACGCCAAUCUUCUUAUAGGUCAGCGCGACAAACCAUUCGUGUCGGAACACGACAUGCAGCUGCGGACCCCGCGGCCCGACAUACUCUCCGUGCCUCCCAACAACAACUACUUCGAUGGCCUCAGAGAAGCGGAAACUAAGUACGCCAUCCACCCGAGCAACAGCAUCGUGGGCAUCCCCGACACCAUCUCCACCAACAACGGCCUCGACAGCGCCAAGCAGAACUACCGCCCGCCCUCUUCCUGGUCCACCGGCAUCGGCAGACCCUCAAACCGACCCAACACUCAAAACACUCAGACAAGUUUCACAGAAGAUACUUUCACUGGAGCCAGUUCGAAACGGCCCGCAAAUAUCCAAAAUCGUCCUGAAGACCAGAGACCAAGACCAACACCCAACGUGCAAACUAAUCAACCAGAUGACGAUGAUAUAACUGGCGCCGCUUCUCAAAGACCAAGCCCUACCUUCCAGCCCAAUUCUCAAAAUACCGGAUCAACAGGCUUCCAAAAUUCUCCAGUCUCUACUACUGAAGCCAGCUCAGAGGAGUUCGAGCUUGAUGUACGAAUGAAAGACAAAGUGGAUCCCAUCGUUAACUUCAUCAACCGCUUCGACCCCAACUCUCCCGAUUCACAUAAAACUUCCAUGACAAAAACGGAGAUUAUUAGUCUGAAUCAGCAACUACCUGAUGCUCAAGUGAGUUCAGAAGAAGAUCGGACGCCUAGAAGAAAUAAAGAUAACGGGAAUAAUGCUAAUAGAAUAGCUGUUCAGGGUAAAGGGGUGACUGAAGGCAGUAGAUUUGAUACUGUUAACAUCAAGCCUACUGAGGCUUUCGAUCCUUUAGCGCCCAGUAAAGAGCUCCAACCUCCUAAACACGACAGUACUGAUCCACCAACUUCAACUAUAGGACCUCCUAUUUAUUAUGAAUGGAAAUGGGCCGUGCCAGCCUUUGGUUUAGAGCCUCCUAAACUAGACAAUAUAACUAAUGACAACAAUGAUUCAGUGAUUCAAGGUAGAAACGCUGGAAAAACCAAUCCAUUUAGCACAGUAACUAGACCAACACCAGUAGAAGUAGAUGUGACUGCGAGAAACACAGAAUAUAACAUUAGUUCUUACUUCGUUCCUGACUAUGUCUUUCCUUUAGACAAGCCUCAUCCAGGAUAUGAAGAUGAGAAUGCCGAGACUUCCUUCAGUGUGAAGGUAUCUAGGCCUGGAAGGGCAAGUUAUGGAGAGAACCCUAACUGCCCUCAAUGUCAUCCCGCGUACGUAGUGCCUGGGACUUGCGAACCUUGCGUGGUAAAGCGGUAAUUCACACGGCCAUAGAUGUAGUUUACGCUUCAAUAGGGAACGUGCGUGAACUAUAUUGAAGAAAGCACUGUAACUCCAGUUUAAUGGUAUUUAUGUCAAGUUUAAGGGUCAUACAACGAGUCAGCAAUGUCAGCAUGAAAUUUGACGUAAACAUUAAAAAGUAACAUAUUAUAUAUAUGACUAGUACUAAUAGUUUUUGUUGCUAAGAAAUUGUAAUACACAGAAAGGAAUAAGCUUUAGAUAUUUUCUUUGUAUAACAAUUUUUAGUACGUACGUAUGUUACGUAAAUGUUCACUUCGAUUUUUUAGAGGCGGGUUCGUGUGACAACAGUUUCCGAUAGGACACUAGGUGUUAUACCCUCCAACGCGCGUGCGAGGUGCAAGGGAGCGUGCGUGACCUAUAGGGGGCGGCACCUGCUUGCUUAAGUGUCAAUGUCAAGUUUUAGUUUUCGAUUUAUCCACAAGGUAGACUCCCACACGCACGGUCUGUAUAGUAAAACGUAGAGUUACUCAGUUAUCCUUUGUGCGUACACACGAGGCAAGCAAGUGCUGAAUGAUAGUCGAAGGCAAUAUGGCGGCUACUAGUGUUCGUCGGCCAUCGUUCGCUUGGUGUAUUCGCUCUUGAGUAAAAUCGAUGAUUGUUAAGUUUUCGAGAUGCAGGGUCCAAAAACGUUACCAAGCUUGGAUAUUUGCUAAAUAUAGAUGCUGCUUUGUUUAAUUAGAUGUCGUAAGAAAUAAAACAUAAUAUAAAAUGACGAAUUAAGUAAAAUAGUUAUUAACGAGCAUUUUGUAAGUUUUUUGUGUACCCUGUAUUAUAGCGGGUAUGUACUGAAGAAACUGUCAUGACAGCUUUUUUAAUUAAUAACUAAAUUAUAAUAUGUGGUUUUCAAUCAGAGAAGAGUUCUAACUCUACAUAUGCAUAAGGACCCUUCUCUAAUGGAAAGCCACAUAUCAACCCAAAUGUAAAGUUCAAACGUAUUAUUAAAUAAGCUUAAAGUAUAGCAUAAAGAUUAUGAAUAUUACUUAAAACGCGUAAAAGUGCAAAUAUUGCAACGGAGAACUUGACGGAUGAAUGUAUGGGUCUGUACGACACAUCAGGUAUGAUGUACUAUGGAGGAUAGAGGUAAGUAGAACAAUCUAUGUGUAUAAAAAUUAUCCAUAAAAAAACAUGAAAUAGGUGGCGCCACAAUACAUCGCGAACGAAUUUUAGACUUUGAUAAAACAAUUCAAAUCACUGACAGCGCAUUUCACUCCGUCAAUAACGUCUAAGUUCAUGUCCUUGUGCUACCCUAGCGCCACCGGAGAGAUUGCGAACUAUUAUUUACAGCUGUCAGCUGGACACUUUAGAAACAGUUCUUCCAUUACCUCUACCCUCCAUAUGUUGUACCGAAACUAGGUUGUCCAGCGCUAAAGAAUAACGAUAGACAGUUAUAGCCCAGAAUAAGUAAUAGUACAGUCAGCAUCAAAAAUAGCGGAUCAGUUCUGUAACAGUUUAACAGAAAGUAAUGGUUCUAUAUGUAGAACAAUUAAGACUGUUAAAGAUAUACAUUUAAACAUAAAUUUUAGAAAUUUAUCUAUAUCUGGAAAAGUUAUCCGGAAUAUCAGAUACUAUUGGCGCGUUAUUUCAUCCGCUACUAUUGAUGGUGACUGUACUACCGUACAGAAAAGAAACUUCCUACAAAAUCGUUGACAGCGAUUCAGGGACGAAUCAUGCUGUCCCUUUCUUAUGUAUGGUACUAUCCCUUUCGGCUAUUUAGGGUUGCUAAAAUUCAAGUCAUUAUAUUAUCUGUGGUCGUACACGCAAAGGGAUGUGAAGUUGUGCCAACCCUAAUAAUUGCUCGGAGCAAUGCUGAGCCGAAUGGAGCCGAGAAUGAAAGGAAUAGUUUCGCCCCCCCUGGUUAUGUAUGAAUUUUCUCAAAUGAUUUUUACGCCUAAUACCCUAACCUGUUAAAAAAACCAUUGUUUCUUUUGUGCGAUCGGUCAGCUCCCGUUUUAGCCACGUGGCAAAGCGACAAUGUCUUUUAAAAAGCAACCGCAUAUCUUGACCGUACAGCGCCAUUUAUUUUAACGGUAAAAUAGGGUUGUUUCUAUCUACAAAUCAUAGGGCACAAUUGUAUCCUCAUAAAUUCUUUUGGAUUAUAAGAACAUGUUAAACUACUUUUAGGGGACCUGUAAUAACCAUAUUUUUGUAAAUAUUGAAUUUAAAAUAUCUUUGGCACAUGUCACGUGACCAAACUCGAAACGUCAUUGAACAUUCUGAUGACGUCACAACUCUCGGAUUGACACUGUUGACAGUUAGGCGAUAAACAACAAAUGACAAAUGUCAGUUGACAGUUCGUAUCUUCUACGUGCGUAUGUAGUUAUGUGUUAAACUGUAAACUGUGACGUCACACAAUUUUCAAAGAGCGUUUUGGGCUCGAAAGCAUAUGUCAAAAUAUAUUUUGUUAAUUUAACAUAUUUAAAGCCGUUUUUAGUAUAAAAGUUGAAUUUUAGGGCAACUUUUAGUUAAUAUAGAACGUAAUAUAAGCAUUUCAAAAAAUUGGAAACAACCCUAUUGUGUUUGUAGCUAAAAUAUUGUUGGUUCUUUUUCGCGUUUUAGUAAUCUAUUGUGUACGGUUUGUAGUAAUUAUAUUUAUUUUAAUAACUGUAAAACCCACUAAAGACCUAUAGCUGUUAAGUAUAUACAUAUGUACAGCCAUGACAAAUGUGGACGAAGUCAGCUUUAGAUUUAUUUAUAAAUAGUUUUGUAAAGAUUUAUAAUUAUAAAACUUCUGUAUAAAAUGUGCCUAUUACCAAUUAAAAUAUUUUCAAACGA